GGCCAAACUGCUGUACUACGGCCGCCUUGAUUUCCCUGCUCCACUAGCCGCCGCCUAAGUUUUGUGGGAGAGGAGACGUAAGGGGGAGGGCUGGGGGAGAAAGAAGAGCAGAAAACGAACAGGUGGAGAAUCUCCCGGAGCCGAGGUCUGCCCUGGUCCUCCCAGGGCAAACUCAGCCCCCGCGUGGCAGGACGAUGGGUCAGCUAGGAAAAAGUGAAUGAAGGAGGAGGAGGAAGAAGAGGAGGCGGAGGGAGGCGGCAGCGUUGGCGUUGACUUUGGCGUUGGCGUUAGCUUUGGCUGCGGCUGCAGCCGGAGGAGGAGAAGGAGGAGGGAGCGCCCCUGACUCUGCCCGGGCCGCAGCUGGCGGGCUGCACCUCGGGGUCUGGGCGCUCGGUGGCUGCCGCAGCGGCAAGCAGAGCAGCGCCUCCCCCUCCCAGCGGACCCAUGGACAGCCUGAGCAGCCUGCCGGCCUCUGGGGCCAAACCCCCGAGCGGGAGGAAGAUGAAGGCUCGGGCUCCUCCUCCUCCUGGAAAGCCACCUACAACUCCGAACAUCCACAGUGAUCAGAAACCAAACAGAGGCUUGGGAAUCAUCCCUCAGCAGAACCUUGUCAACAUGAAAGAAAACCUGAGGAGCAGCGUGGUGGAUGUUACUGUGGUUUUACCCAAUGGGUUGGAAACAAAGAGUGCUAUCAAUGGGAGUAAUGCCAUGAUGGACCUGCUGGUCGAGCUGUGCCUCCAGAAUCACCUAAAUCCAGCCCACUAUACCCUGGAGCUCAGGUCUUUGGAGACCCAACAACCUUUGAGUUUUAAGCCAAAUACUUUAAUAGGGACCCUUGAUGUACACACCAUAUUCCUGAAGGAAAAGGUCCCUGAAGAAAAGAGCAAACCAGUUCUCCAGAAGGUGCCUGAGAAGUCUGUGCGGCUGGUAGUGAACUACCUGCGAACACAGAAGACCGUAGUACGAGUGAGCCCUGAUGUCCCACUGCAGAACAUUCUCCCAGUUAUUUGUGCAAAAUGUGAAGUCAGCCCUGAGCACGUCAUUCUCUUAAGGGAUAAUAUUGCCGGGGAGGAGCUGGAGCUUUCCAAGUCCCUGAAUGAGUUGGGGAUAAAGGAACUCUAUGCAUGGGACAACAAAAGAGUUCUUCUGACCAAAACUCAAUCAGAACCUUCUCUGGUCUAUCGAGAAACCUAUAGAAAAUCACUGGGCAGUGAUGUCAUGGACAAAGAGAAGAAGAAAUUUCUGGGGUUUUUCAAAGUCAAUAAAAGAAGCAAUAAGGCUGAGCAGCAUGGGAUGCUAAGAGUGGACAGUGAUGAGGAUGUUUUAAAGUCAACCACUGAAAAGAACUUUAAUGGCUGCUUAACAACUCCCAACUCCCCAUCUGUGAAUUCUCGUUCCCUUACAUUGGGUCCAUCCCUCUCCCUUAGCAACAUCUCAGGAGUGUCCUCGGACAUAAAGAAGCGUAGAGCACCUCCUCCACCAUCAGCAACGCCAUCAGUGACGCCAUCAGCAACACCAUCAUUACCCAGCACUGAGGCAAUUGGUCAAGACAAGAUGUCAGAAAAGGUAUCACAAGCAUCGCAGAACGAAUUACAGAAGAAAAAGAGACGUGCCCCAGCACCACCACCACCUCCACCACCGCCAUCAACUCCCCUUAUCCCAAACAGGAUAGAUGAUAAGGAGGAGAACAGGAAGAGCACAAUGGGUGUUGGACGACAGGUGCCACAGAAGCCUCCUAGAGGCUCUCCUCGAGGCCCACCCCAGUUAGUGCUUCCCCCACCCCCACCCUACCCUCCUCCAGACACAGAUAUUGUGGAUUCUCCAGGGUUUCACAGUGAAGCAGAUGGGACAGAAUCCUCAGAACUGGGACCCAAACUAAGCCUGCCACUCAUCCACAGUAGUAAUUGUUCUGUGGAUGGUAUGAUCACCGAGCUGUCUGAGGUAGAAGAGACUGCAUCUGUAAGCAGCUGUUUUGCAUCUGAAGAUACAACUACUGAAGACUCGGGAGUCAUGAGCUCUCCGUCAGACAUCGUUUCUCUGGAUUCACAAAACGACAGUGUGAAAUCCAAAGAUAAGUGGGCCUUAGAUCAGGAAGAUGCUACUGACACUUAUGUGACCUGUGCUGUAGAACUUGGUCCCCCGAGGAGUGCUUCACGUGAGAGUGAUGACUCUGGAAUUACUCAUCUGAGAAAUGAAAAAGCAAUUACAGCAAAGGAUGAUGAUGACAUCUUUAUUAAUGGACAGCUCCAGAAAACUGAAGCCAAAUUUGAUGAAGAUCUAGAAGAACUGGAAGAUAGUUAUGAAACAGAUACCAACUCUUUAACAGACUCCACAAGUGGUGUGCCCAGUUCCCAUGGACGAGAGGUCAUAGUCCCUAAAGAUAAUGCUUACACAAUUCCAGUUACAUUUAUAGGGGAAGUUUUAGAUGAUCCUGUUGAUCUGGGGACUUUCAUCAAUAAAAACAAUAAUGCAGGUUCUUUUGAUAUGGAACAUGCGGCUAACAAAGCAACCUACAUAACUGAGAGCCCUGUGUAUGACCAGCCCUACAAGGCAAAAACUAACCAUCUGCUUGUGAAAAAGAGGGAGAACGUGUUUGAAUCUUACGUUUCUUCAUGUGAAAUGAGCAAAGAAAAGGGCUUGGCACCAUCCAACAACUGCAAAAAUAUUUGUCCAGGUGAACUAAAGCCCAUGGUGGCUUCUUCUACCGUUAAGCCUCAAAUAGGUGACCUGUCUUUGAAGGAAAACAACAGUCAGGGCCACGAGUCAAAUGGCAUUCAAAGAUCCCACAUGAAUAAGAAAAUGAUUUCAGAAUUGACGAUGGAAAAGCAAACCUGUGAUAAAAAUGAUCUCAUAGUGCCAUCAUCAUGGUAUUACCGAGGCCAAAACCCAGUAGGACCUAAAGCUGGCCUCACAACCUACAAGAUUGUUCCUCCAAAAUCAGAGAUGAAAUGUUAUGACAGAGGAGUAUCCCUCACGACUGGUGCCAUUAAGAUAGAUGAAUUAGGCAAUCUAGUCAACCCACAUGUUAAUGGGAAAAAGAGCACCUUGAUACCUUCUGUUAGUGAAAUGGAGACACUUCCCAUUGGGAAAGUAAAGGAAUUCUGGAGGUCCAACUCCAUAGAGAGACAUCCUGAUGGGUCCGUAGACUGCACUAAAAGAGGUACAGCUACUCUGCCACUAAAACAGCACCAUAAAGAAACGAAACUCAAAGCAGAACCAGAAUUCUUGGACCCAAAGCUGAAAGCAUCACAGCCGGCUUCCCACAGAGUGGUUGAAAACAAUUCUGAACUGGACAAAAGCAAGCCACCUACUAUGUCAGUCACCAGCACAACUCAGGCAAAAGCACCAGUCGCCACACCAGCUAACCCUAUGGGAGAAACCCUCCCUUUUCUUAAACCUCAGAGAAGAACAUCAAGCCAGUAUGUUGCCUCUGCGAUUGCAAAACGGAUGGAAACUCCUCCAGUCAACACUAGUUCCUUUAGCAAGAGUAAGAGAGAGCAGAGCGCAUGGGAACACCAGAAGCUCAGACAAGACUUAACACCUCCUCUUGAGAAGGAGACUCUAUUAAACUGUACACAUCCCGUAACAAAAGCAUCUAAAAAUGAUCCCAAAAGGUCAUACUCUGAUUGUUGGGUUGGCCAUGGAAAAGAAUCAAUUAAACCUACCAUUGGAGCCUCUUCUGAGAUGGAAAACAGAGAAGUGAAUAUCAAGCCCUUUGCUCAAGACAGUUCUGCAGACAGCUACAAACAAAGCAUUACUGGACCACUAACUAAAUCUUCCCCCAAUAUUGAUUAUUCUGUAGAAGUUUGUGGUUACAAUGGAAAACACAGUUACAGUUACCAAAAGACCAGUAUUGUCUGUGACCCAAAAUGCAAGACAGACAAUGCGAAUUCUUCUUCUCUGGCAAGGUCACCAGGAUUCCAAACCUCCAGCGGCUCUACUUCAAGCUCCACUAAAUGGCCUUGUGUCAGUAACAAUAAUCAGAAUGCUGCAGGUGUAAAUGGCCAGAGUGUUUUGAAAAGGGAAGACAGACCAGAUGCCUUAUCUGCUCCUGAGAAUGAACUUGAGAGUCCUCUACAAGCCACUGUAUUUGGACCCAAGAAGAAAUUCAAACCCAUUGUCCAGAAACCAGCACCUAAAGACACUUCAUUGCAUAGUGCUUUGAUGGAAGCCAUUCAGACUGCAGGAGGAAAGGAAAAACUCAGAAAGACUGCGGAACACAGCCCAGAGGGAAGUCUAAAGAAGCCCUCCUACACGGAGCCUGAGAGUGAAAGGUCAGCCCUAUUAGCAGCAAUCAGAGGUCACAGUGGUGCCAGCAGCCUGAAGAAGGUCUCAUCUUCAGCUUCGGGAGAACUUCAGAGCUUCCGAGAAGCGGCCCUCUCCAAACAAGCUGUAGAAGCCCCUCCUCAGGAAGAAGAGCCCCACAUUCCGCCUCCACCUGUAGCACCGCCACUGCCCUCUCAUGUUUCCAGUAUAUCCAUUGUGUCAAAGAUGACACCCAAAUUCCCUACGGGCCCCAUGAGUGAUCCUGCAGAUGCAAGGCAGGCUCUGAUGGAUGCUAUUCGUUCUGGCACAGGGGCUGCAAGAUUGAAAAAGGUCCCAUUGCUUGUUUGAAUAGUGUAUAAAGAACAGAUAAUUGCAAAAGCUAACCCCAUAACACACCCAUAAUCAUCAUUCAAGGACUUGGAGCGGUGAGGAACAUCACAAGUCGGUAUUACUUUCUUGUCUAUAGGCCAAAAUAUAUGUAGUUAAUUUUCAGCAUGUUCCUGUAUAAUGGUUCAAAGGGAAAAAAAUACUUUUUGCUGCCCAGCCUGUGUGCCAAGGAAAUGUGUUCUGCCUCUGAAUAUAUUUAAGGUUGCCAAUAAACUAUUCUUGUUGGCAGGUUAAUAAAAAUAUAAAUAUUGUGUAGCCCAGCACUACAGCACUAACACUUAAUUAUCCAUUUGGGCAAAAUGGAAAGGAGGUCUUUGUCCUCCACUGAUUACAGACUACCGCCAAGCCUUUUUACCGUAUACAGCUGUUCGAAAAACAUCUACUCAUUUGAAAUCUGCAAGCAGGAGAUAAAAGGGUCAGUGACCAGUUAAAUGCAGUUGGAAAGUAAUACAGGGCCUAUAUGUCUUGAAAGGAAUUUUGAAAAGGGCAUUGUGACUUUUUCAUAGCUGAAAUUGUCUGAUUCUUGCUUCCGCAAAGAUCGGGGAGCAUAAUCCCACGGGGUUUCAUAGAUCAGUAUCUGACCCACUGUUUUUCUUUAAACCAAUUAUCACAAUCCCAUGAUAUUUAUCAAACUCUGUCAUUUGCAUAGGAUCCAUGCUGUGAGGCAAUGAAAAGGUAGACAGUUUCAGAUCCUCAGAAGGACCAGCGAGCAGUCUUUAGUGACUAUAGGAUAGGUUGUCUCUGAAGCUUGUCACAUGUGGGGAUAUGAAGUAUAAGCUACAACUGCAGCGCUGCGUACUGACCCCAACGAACAUCUGUAGACCCUCCUGGUCUCCGAGAGUGCUAAGAAGAGGGAAAUCAUGUGUUUACAUGCCGCAGAGAUUGAAUUGGUUUGGGAAACGACUUUGAGAAUUUUGCUUAAUGGUUCAUGAUCGGGGACUCAGGCUUGUCCCUUUCAGCCUGCUCUUUAGGAUCUGCCUUCCCCAUCCUUGUACUAUAAAUCUUCUUAUAGCUUCCUGUUUGGUGUCACCAGUAUUUAUAACAAAGUUUAACUACUCUCCUAGCAUUCUGUAUAUAUCCUUAAAAGUAUUUUGUUAAAUUGAAAUAACUUUAAAAGAUAAAUAGCAAUCAUGAGGAUUUCUUUUCCUGUGAUCUAUAUCAUCUUGAAAAAAAAAGGCAAUAGAAAAAUCUGUAUUUUAAUUUUUUUAUGAUCACUUCGGCUCUGGGCAUCAUCUAAAAUGGAAAACUGGUUUUUCGUUGCUUCAACUUAAACCAGAGCUACACAUGUCACUAACUUUCCAAAGUGAGGAGAGCAUUCAGCCAAUUGCUUUUAUCUGCAACUGUCUAUAUUAUCUGACUGUUAGUGCCACAAAUAAAACAAAUUAAGUUGCUAUAAUUGUGU